AUUCACUUGCUAGCGAGAAUAAAAUUUGUUACUUCGCAGUUAGUUAGACGCGGGUAAAAAGAGAUAUUAAGAGCGUUUUGAAAGGGUUAAGUUAGAAAAAGAGUGUGUGUGAAAAGUAAGCAGUUUCACUUACUUUGGUGUUGGAGUUUAUGUAGAUGGUAACGGCACAAAUGAAUAUGUAUUACUUAAUCUAUGAAUUUAACAUCCUUGCGAACCUCUGUGGAUAAUCGUAAGCGAGAGGAUCAUGGCGCCGAAUCUCUUCGUGCAUUGUGUCGUGGUACAACUACAACCUACAAGAAUCUGAGUGCAGGUUGUCUAGAUGCUCAAUUUAAAGAACUGGUCAGAGCAGGCUUUUGCAAAUUCUGUCUUUGUAUAGCAAGAAAGUCUGUUUUUAUCAUUAUUUUUUAAAACAUGGAUGACACACCAAGAAGAAGAACAAGAGCAAAACUUUUGAAGAGUAAAAAGCAAGUUCAGAAAGAGGAAGAGCAGAAAUCCAAAUUGAUUGAAACUUCAAAAGGGCCACAAGUGGUUGUCCCUCCAGAAGAAAACGAUGCAGUAGAAGUAGAAAUUGAACUCCCUUUGGAAGAAGUAUUGGACUCUGUAGAAGAGAGUAUUCAAGAAGAAGUGGUGCGCAUAGAAACUGGCUCACUGAAUAUAUCUCCAUCACGCUCAAGACGUAAUGACUCUUUUCAGUCUUAUGCAACACUAUCUCCUGCCAGAGAUUCAGCUGAUGGAUCUCAUGUAUCAGCUUUUACCUGCAGUAAGCUAUCUGAUAAACAUACAAGCAAUGAAAAGGACAGAGAAGCUGCUCGUAUGGAUAUUAGUGACAAAGAGCGAGCAACAGAUGAAGACUUCUCAAUGAAAGGAAUUCGGGAAGUUGUAUCUACAGAUCAGGGGAGUGACAAAUUAUUUAUUCCUUCAUAUGCACAAGAUAAAGAAUGGUCUUCUGAUUCACAAGUUAAACAUGCAGAAGAAAAUGAUAAUUCUAAAGAAUGCAAAAAGAUUGUGGCACAUAUAGAGUGUGAAGUUACAGGUAAAGUUAAGGAAGAUGGAGAAAGUAUGCAACCUCUUCAAGAAGGAAAUGAAGAACAUCAGGAAAAAGACGCAACACUAGAGCAAAGUAAGCAUGAUAGUGAAGUGACUUCCAAUGUAGAUAUUGAAUCUGUUUUACAUGUAGAGUCGCAAGAGUCUGUUGUUCUGGAUGAAGUGCAAGAUGAAAUAGUUGUAAAUGUGCAAGAUGGAACUGGUAUAGAAGAAGUACAAGAGGAAGUAGUUAGGGAAGAAGUUGAAAAUGAAUUAAUUUUGGAAGGAGGACAAGAUGAAGUACUUGUUGAAGAAGUGUCAGGUGAAAUAAUUGUAGAAGUGCAGGGGGAAAGAAAUCUAGGUGACGUGCAAGAAGUUACCUUUGUAGAAAGUAUUGAAGGAGAUACUUUUUUAGAAAACCAUAUACACACAGAUCAGAUAGGUGAUGGAGAAGAGUGUUUUGUAGCCAAUGUUGUAACUUAUUUCGGAGAUGAAGAAGGACUUGGUGGUACACUUGACGUAGUUGAAGACAUUGGAGCAACAGCUGUGAUUGGGGAAGUUGUUGAGGAAGAUGAUGUGAGUGUCAUGUUGACUGAACAGUGUGUUAGUAGUGAAACAACUAAAGAAAGCUUAGAACCAAGUGAAAAACAAACUGGUGUAUGGGAAAACAUUGAAAGAUUAGCAGAAGUUGCAUGUUUGGAAUUUUGUGAAAAUAAUAAUAAUAAGGAACCAGUAGCUGAUAAGGAAAAUGUAAUCCCAGAGAAAAUUGGCACUCAUAACCAAGUUUCUAAGGUUUCAGAAGGUGAUUCAAAAGUAGACCAGUUGAAUGGAGAGAAAUUCCAAAAUAAGAAUGAACAAACAAAUCCUGUUCCUCUAGGUUCAACAUCUCCCAUACAAAAAAGCUUAACUGCAUGUGAAGAUAAACUUAAAAGUAAUGCUGCAGCGACAAACUCUACAAACAUUAUUUCUAAAACCCUUGACCAAAAUCUACCACUUGUAUCAGAUGACCAGAAAAAAACAGUAAGCGAAGAAACAGAACUUAAUGAACAGGAGACAGAUAAGAAGGAAAACAAGAAUGACACUAAAAACAUUGAGCUAUCAGUGAAAGAAAUCGAAAUGCAAAUUGAUAGUGUUACAGAAACAAAUGGAAGUAGGACAGUUUCAGUUGAAGAAGAGCCAGAAAAUGUUCAAGAAACAUCAGAAAAAGAAGAAGGAUCAGUGGGAAGAUCACUGAGGAAGAAAGCACGGAGGAGUUUUGCUGAAAUAGUUAAAAAUCCUGUUGUUGAUCAAUCUCCCAAAAAAGGCAUAUCUGCUCAAGGUGGUCUCAAAACAUCACCAGUAGAAGCUAGGUCAAGUAAAACACGUUCAGGAAGCCCUUCAAAAGAUUCUGGAAAUGAAACACCCGUAAGAAAAACAACUAAAGGGGUAGGCAAGAUUAGUUCAAGAACUCCAUCAGCUGAUGUGGAAACAACUAAAGGAGUUGGCAAGAAUGGAUCAAAAACUCCACCAGCUGAAAUAGAAACAACUAAAAGAGCAGGCAAGACUGGUUCAAGGACUCCAUCAACUGAUAUAGAAACAACUAAAGGAGUUGGCAAGAUUGGAUUAAGAACUCCAUCAGCUGAAAUAGAAACAACUAAAAGAGUAGGCAAGACCGGUUCAAGGACUCCAUCAACUGAUGUGGAAACAACUAAAGGGGUAGGCAAGAUUGGAUUAAGAACUCCAUCAACUGAAAUAGAAACAACUAAAAGAGUAGGCAAGACUGGUUCAAGGACUCCAUCAACCGAUGUGGAAACAACUAAAGGAGUUGGCAAGAUUGGAUUAAGAACUCCAUCAGCUGAAAUAGAAACAACUAAAAGAGUAGGCAAGACUGGUUCAAGGACUCCAUCAACAGAUAUGGAAACAACUAAAGGGGUAGGCAAGAUUGGAUCAAGAACUCCAUCAGCUGAAAUAGAAACAACUAAAAGAGUAGGCAAGACUGGUUCAAGAACUUCAUCAACUGAUAUAGAAACAACUAAAAGAACAGGCAAGAUGAGUUCAAGGACUCCAUCAGCUGAUACAGACAAAAGUAAAAGAGUAGGCAAGACUGGUUCAAGAACUCCAUCGGCUGAUAUAGAAACACCUAAAGGAGUUGGCAAGAUUGGAUCAAGAACUCCAUCAGCUGAAAUAGAAACAACUAAAAGAGUAGGCAAGACUGGUUCAAGAACUCCAUCGGCUGAUAUAGAAACACCUAAAGUAGUUGGCAAGAUUGGAUCAAAAACUCCAUCAGCUGAAAUAGAAACAACUAAAAGAGUGGGCAGGAUUGGUUCAAGAACCCCGUCAACUGAUGUUGAAUCAAUGAAGCAAUUGAAAUCCUCUGAAAAGACUAAGGAAAAACAAACUCAGGAGAGACUUUCAGACAACGAAUCAAGCCAAACACAAUUUGAAUCAGCUUCCAAAGGGAAACAUAGUAAAAUACUGCCUAAGACGCCAGAUACUGAUGGAGCUAAGAGAAAACCUUCAGCAUCACCUGUAGAAAGCAACAGAAAAGCCCUUUCUCCAUCAGAAACAACAAAAGAAGAAGAAAAAGUAGAUGUACUGAAAAUGAAGAAUGAAAAUGAAACUUAUAAAAAGCCAUUUCAGCAUGGGUGGAAACGAGAAAUUGUCUUCAGAGCAACUGUGGAGCGUAAUCAGUCCAGGAAAAGAAAUUUGGCUGACGUAUAUUAUUUCACUCCCAAUGGUCAAAAACUGAGAUCCAUGAAAGAACUAGAAUCUUUCAUGGAAAAAAAUCCAAACCAUUGUCUCCCUGUAGAAUAUUUCACAUUUGGUAAAUACUCAGUUUAUCAAGAACCUUAUGAGGUUCAACGACAAGCCCUACCAAAAUCAAGAACACCAGAAGUUCAAUCUCCUGUCCGUCCCCCUGUUGAGUCUCCCCCUGUACCAAAAAGGAAAAGAGGGCGUCCCCCUAAAAAUCCAAAAGUAACAACAGUUUCAACAGAAAACGAAACUGAAAAAGAAUCAUCAGAUGAUACAUCAACACCUAAAGGCAAGAAAAGGCAAGGUCCAGGAAUUAAGUAUACAGCCAAACGAUUUAAACAAGAUAUAUCUUCACCACAGUCACAGCAGCCAGCACAACGUACAUUAAAGAACCAGGCAGUCACUACUAAAACUUCAGAUUCAAAAAAAAGUAAACAAGCAGAAGCCAAGAAGACAGGCAGUCAGAAAACCUUCCCACUGCUAAGCAAGAUCAAGACGGAUUUGACUGAGCCCAUCCUGUGUUCUCUCCAUUGUGUGGGACGGAAUGGUCAACUACCCUCCCUCCACUGUGGAGUAUGCCUGUGCCUCUUUCAUCCAGAAUGUGUUGGUCUUGUUGCCACUUCACUGCCAUCCAUCUUUAUUUGUCAGCGAUGCAGAGAAAAUAUUAAGGAAGGGAAAGCACGCCUUCCUCCACCUGGUGCUCGUCCUGUAGUACCUCAAGAAUCAUCUAUUUUGCCAUUAGACCAGUUGGAACAAAAAAAACUUGAAUCUAUAUCAUUACUAAAAGAGAAGGCUGAGGAAGAAACACAAUCUUCCACAGAAAGUAGUUUACAGACAAAUAUAAAAACUAUGCAAGAACCAUGUAAUGAGGAUUCCAAAGUGGAUAUAAAAUCUUCAGUAACAACUGUGCCUCUUCGGAAAAAUCUGCCACCACCUCCCCCCUUAACGCCAGCUCCUUCAUAUAGUUUAGGACUGCGAGCUAAUCGCUCAUUUCAGGAGUUUUCUCUGAGAAAUUUCUCUCCACAAUCACAAGAUUCUUUACGAAGUAAUCCUUACGGAGGAUAUCAAGCAGGGACGAUGCCUGAAAAUUUUUCUGUGUCUGCUGUUUUAGGAGCUGGUGUCCCUGUUGUCCAAAAUACACUUUUUAUACCGGCAGUUUCUAAAACUUCACAUACUGGGACGGCAUCAGUAUCAUCUCUACAGGCUCCAAUGCUUCUUUCCCCUUCCAGCAGCAGCAGUGCUGUCACUUGCUCAUUAAUUACAUGUUCUGCAUCUGUUUCAUCUUCUGCUUCCCAGAUUUUGCACUCAGUUGCACCACAGCCCUUCCUUGGAGUAGGAACUGAACCUGACACUUCAGUUGUGAGUUCACCACUUGCUACAGGAAAUCACUCAAGAGUAUUGAUUCCAAUUCCUGAGAGUAGUGCAACUGUUCCUUUGUCUCAGAAUGGGGCACUUUUGAGAAGUCCUUUAAGUGGCUCUGUGAAUGAGAUGACUCAGUUAAUGUCAUCUGAAACGUUACCUAUGUCUGAUUCCUCCUCUUCUUUUCAGACAGCAUCAACCUUAGCCAUAUGCUCUACAGGAGUCACGGCAUCAUCUUCAGUUCUCGUAACACCAGCCAGCACCACUUUGCUACCUCAAAUGCCUACCUUGAAGUCUGCUUCAAGUUCCAUUAUUCCUCCUAGUUCAUAUGUUUCUGUGACAGAAGGAACGUCACAAAAUUCAAAACGCAUUCGAGUACGUAGAGUUACUCUCCCUGCCAGUGGUUAUACAGAAAAUAGCUCUUCAAAAAUAGCAUCAGACAAAACUGGUUCCCCAUUAUCUGAAACACAAAAUGAUGUGGAAGGUAAGUCUCCAUCUGUAGAAAAAAUUCCACUAGUUACUACUCAUUCUGUGGGUACCCAAUCAGAGCCUCCUCCACCAUCACCUAAAGAAGAGCCAGUGGUGCCUGAAACUGAAACUUGUGGUGUGCAAACUGAAAUUAAAUUAAAAGAUAUCAAUUUCUCCAAAGGCUCUGAUUGUCAACUAAAAGACAGUUCUGAUGAAGGUAAUGUUAGUGAGAAAAACUCAUGUAAUAAGAAAGUGUUGGUUAAACUUCGAGAACAUGCUUACAGCUGUGGUUUUAAAAGUCGAUUACUGAAAACUGUGCCCGAGGACCAAAAACUGAACCCAUUUUCUUGUUACGUCAGCCGAUUGAUUGGAGGCUUUGAAUGUGUGAAUCUCAUAUUCCAGUAUCUUGAUGUAGCUGAUCUUCUCAGUGUAAGCCAGGUUUCCCGAACAUGGAGGACUUUAGCGACACAACCAUUUCUGUGGAAACACGUGUGCUUGCGAGAUCUCACUUUAACCGAUUGGGUUCUCUGUGCCAAUGCUUUAGAAAGAUUCAACACUGUUUCUCUGGAUUUAAGAAACAUUAAACAUUUAGAUGAUCAUGCAACUUUCUGGGGCCACUUCAUUAAUAUUUUGGGACACCUGAGGAAUUUGCAAAAUCUGUCUUUUGGGGAAGUGAUACCAGAUGUUCUACCUGCUGUUGCUGACACGCUGACUCAGCUAAGAUCUCUAAAUGUUGAAUGUGUCACAGAAGUUACAGGACCAUCAACUUGGACAACAUUAUGUAAAGUUGACAUCAGCAGAAUUGGGCGACUUAGCUAUUUGAAUUCUCUCUGGAUAAGAGGUGGAGGAGGACUUAGGCUUCCUUCAGUAAUAUCCAGUGGAGGAUUGCAGUCUUUGGAAAAUCUAACCAUGCUUCGACACUUGCACCUUACUACUUUUGUUGGUGUACCAAGUGAAUAUUUUCAAUUCAUUGAGAAACUUCCUUUGUUAGAAUCUUUAGCAGUUGGGAAUUGUUACUCAUGGACCAGGGAGACAUACACAUUCCUUGGAAAGCUGAAACAGUUGAAAAAGCUAAGACUUGAAAGGGGUGGUCAGCUAUAUGAUUCCAGUUUAAAGAAUGCUUUAAAAAGUUUGACACAGUUGGAAGACCUCCAGUUGCUUUGUUUUGUGAUACCAACAAGCCUUGGAGCUGGGCUACAGAAGUUAAAACGUCUGAAUCGACUUGUUAUGUGGCCUGACACGUACAAGCAUGCUCCUGUGGUAAACCAAAAUACAUUAAAGGCUGUAUCGUCCCUUACGAAACUGCAGCGUUUCAGUUGGGGAGUAAUGACUUCAUCAUCAGAGCUUUCAGAAAUGCCAAAUGGGGAAACAGAUGAGGAAAAAUUACAUAAUAAAAAGGAGAUUAAGAUGAUUUCUUUGUUAAGACACAAGGAAAACUGUAAAUGCUCACAGGCUGAAGAAGGCAGCAGCAGCAACAUUGAACCAGAGUGUACGGUAAUGGUUCAUCCUAAUGAACUUGAGCAACGGCUGAGCAAGUUAUUUCCAAAGACCAAAAUUGAGGUUUUUAGGGUGCCAAUAGAAUCGUUUAAUAAGUUUUGUGGUGCUUUCAGAUGAGUUUCUACAGAAGACAAGACUGUCAUCACUAAAAUGGAGGGGGUGUAGGUAAUAAUUUAGUAAAUGGGUUAUAUUCUAUAAAAAAAAAAGGUUUUGAACAGUUGUUUCUGAAGAUUUUAUUGUUUACAGGAAAAUGUACUGAAAUUGUGUUUUUCUUGUACAAACUGCAGUGAAAACAUUUCAGAAUCAGUGUGAAAAGUUAAGUUUUAGUCCAUGUGUAUGAACGUUUUAAUUUUUCAUGACAUGUCAAUACGUGUGAGAACAUCAUUCACUGUUUUGCACCAUUUAUUGAAGCAUUUUAUUGGUGAAGUGAAGCCUUUUUAGUUGACAGUUAUUCAUUAACUAUUUUAAAAACGUGCAGUUUCAUUGAAUAAAAUCUUGAAUGGUUCAUAGAACAAAUCAAUUAGUUUAUUUUAUUACAUUCUUGUAAACUGUAUUGAUGUACAAAACAAAAUGUUACACAUAGUUGCUUACUUCGUACCCUUUGUUGAAAUCUAAAGUUAUACAUUACUGCUUUUUCUUAUGUUUCUGAACUUUUUUUUGUGCUAUUACCAAUAUGCUAGUAUCCUUCUCUUAUUUCAUCAGAAUAAAUAUAACAGACUUCUUGUUGGAAUUGAACAAGAGUCACAUUGUGUACUCUGUUGGGUAUAGAACUCAUUAGAAACUAAAUAUUAAUACGGAAAAAGAAAUCCUAUGGUAUAACAGUUACAAUUCCUUAGAUUUUAAACAAUAAUAAAACAGCCUUUCACCUUUAUACAAAAGAAAUUAAGCAGGAAAAUACAAGAAACUUCACAACUUAGAGGUGCAAUGGUUGCAUUUUUCAGCCAUGUAUAGCAGAACAUAUCAUACACUCCAUGGACUUUUAAGUAACAGCAGCAUAUUAAUUAAACACUACAACUGUAAUCAGAUGUAUUUAUAAUGUAAUAUUAUAACUUCAGUUAGUGGUAAGCAGGAGGACACUAUUCACCAAAAAGAAUUUGUCAUCGUAGUGUAAGAUAGUUGUGAAAUCUGCUAUUCAUGUGCCCUAAGCAUGUUAUGUUUAGGAUACAGGGGCUGAAAUAGAUUUGAUGAUAACAAAAUUUACUAAUAUUUUUGUAUAUCUUGAAACUGCAAAUAA